CGGGACGGCGGAAGGACGAGCGCUCCGAGGCGUCUGGCCCACUCACCGCCGCGUCGCCAAUAGGCCCAGGGCCCCAGCCAGUGCCCAGCCCUGCUGGGAGCCCCGGCCAGCACCACGGACGGCACCCAGGAAGCCCGAGUCCCCCUGGACGGGGCCUUCUGGAUUCCCAGGCCACCAGCAGGUUCACCCAAGGGCUGCUUCACCUGCGUGUCCAAGCCUCCUGCCCUGCAGGCUGCAGCGGGCCCAGCCCCUGAGCCCUCGGCCUCGCCUCCCAUGGCACCCACUCUGUUCCCCAUGGAAUCUAAAAGCAGCAAGACGGACAGCGUCCGGGCAUCAGGUGUCCCCCAGGCCUGCAAGCACUUAGCUGAGAAGAAGACCAUGACGAACCCCACAACAGUCAUCGAGGUCUACCCCGACACCACGGAGGUGAACGACUACUAUCUGUGGUCCAUCUUCAACUUCGUCUACCUCAACUUCUGCUGCCUAGGCUUCAUUGCUCUGGCCUACUCCCUCAAAGUUCGGGAUAAGAAGCUCCUGAAUGACCUGAAUGGAGCCGUGGAAGAUGCCAAGACAGCACGGCUGUUUAACAUCACCAGCUCUGCGCUGGCGGCCUCCUGCAUCAUCCUCAUCUUCAUUUUCCUGCGGUACCCCCUCACUGACUACUGAGCCCAGCAGGCAGUGGCCUUGGAGACACAGCACUGAGACUGAUGGUCACUGAGAUUCAGGAUGCCGAGUGUGUGGGGGCAGAAUGGGCUUCUACCAAGGCCCAGAGCCAUGCAUGGCAGCAAGGCCGCCAGAAGUUGAGUGCCCAAUGGAGUGGCACACUCCUCCCAGCCACCCUAUCUGCCUCCUGCCCUGCCCUGUUGCCACUGGAUCUCUGGGCUCCCUCUGUGUUGCUGCCUGGUUGCCAGUGACUACCCUCCCUGACCCAUGCAUCCUACCCAAGCUCUUGCAUCCCUCAGACCUGACACCCAGCAAGAAGGGCUUAUGUGGGAGCUCCCAGAAGGGGAGCUGCCAGCACCUGGGACU